AUGUAUUUGAAGGUGAACAAUGUGGUGGUUUUGCAGAUUUUUGCAAGAAUCACUGUGGAGGAGUUCAUCCUCUUGGGCUUGUCCAGCAACUGUCAUUUAAACAUCAUCCUGUGUGUGGUUCUAUUAGUUGUCUUCCUGCUGUCCAUAAUGGGAAACAUCAUUGUUGUCACCCUCCCCCUCAGGGACCAUCGCCUUCAGUCCCCCAUGUAUUUCUUCCCCAGGAACUUCUGCCUCUUGGAAAUCUGCUUCACCUCCGUCGUCAUGCCCAGGUUCCUCCACAGCCUCCUGACAGAGAGAAAGGCUGUUACUCUGGAACCUUGUUUACUUCAGUCAUUUUUCUUCUUCUUCCUGGGCUCCUCUACGUUUUUCCACCUGGCUUUAAUGUCCUUUGAUCGUUACGUGGCUAUCUGCAACCUGCUACAUUACAUCACUGUAAUGAGCAACAGGGUCUGCCUCUACUUAGUGCUUGGCUGCUGGCUGGUGAGUUUCCUACUGGUGCUUCCUACCACCGUUCUCUUUGUCCGCUUGCCGUUCUGUGGCCUCAACAUCAUAAACCACUUCUACUGUGAUACAGCCCCAUUGCUCCAACUCUCCUGCACAGACACAGGGAUCAUUGAAUUAGUGGCCCUGGUGACAGCUGUUCUUACGCUGUUCAGCACGUUGACGGUCACCAUCAUCUCCUAUGGCUGUAUCAUCUCCACUGUCAUGCGCAUCCCAUCCUCCAUGGGCAGGAAAAAGGCCUUUUCCACCUGCUCCACUCAUCUCACGGUUGUGGUGAUAUUGUACAGUAGCUCCAUUUUCAGGUACAUCCGACCAAGUCAGCGCGGUGGGUGGGACUUUGACAACGUUAUGUCCUUUCUUUACACGGUGGUCACCCAGCUGUUUAAUCCCUACAUCUAUGCUCUCAGGAAUGAACAUGUCAAACAGGCCCUGAAGGAUGCUUGUGACAGGGAGAACAGAUUACAUGAUUGA